GGUGACCCUCACACGCCUGCUGCUGUAGGGGUCAACUUCCUGUUUGCCAGCUCCACACCAGGUCGCCACGAACCUCAUUGGAAUCAUUCUUCCAUUUCAGAUGCUCUUCCUGCCUCCGAGCUGCCACUAGAGGGCGACAGAGACUGGCAGUCAAGGUGCAGGAGGUGGCGGACGCGCGCGCUCGUGGAUGUACUUACCUACUUGCUUGUCUUUGCGUGGAAUGCACGCGUGCCUUUUCUGCGGCUGCGGCUGCUGCUGCUCGACUGCUGCUGCGUGAGUCCACCGAGGAUGGGAGGAGGAAGCCUCGUCCUGGUGCUGGCGCUUCACUUUGUGUGGCUGCUGCACUCGGUGCUGGUAAGCUCCGCCCACUGCGACGCAGUCUUCAAAGGGUUCUCGGACUGUCUGCUGCAACUGGGAGACAACAUGGCCAACUACCCUCAAGACCUGGACGAGCAGCAGAACCUGCACAGGAUCUGCACCUACUGGGACGACUUCCACUCCUGUGCCAGCACAGCAUUGGCCGACUGUCAGGAGGGCGCCACCGACCUUUGGGAGAAACUCAAGAAGGAAUCUCGUAAUUUGGAUUUUCGCGGGAGUUUGUUUGAACUGUGCGGCGGGGGCAACAGCGCCCCCAGGUGGGGGGCGACCGGGGGCCUGGGGGCAUUACUGGCGGCGCUGCCCAGUGUGCUGACGUGGUUGGCCCUUUAAGACUAACAAAAACAACACUCUGGAAAAGAAGGACAAAAAAGAAAAACAAAAUCAAUAAAAACUGCAAAGUAGAACAAGAUGGAUUCACUUUGCCCUCAAGUUUGCCUUCCUGGCGCAUCGGUCAAUCGCCACAUCAGGACAAUCCACUACAACACUUUGAGGAAUUCCAAAAGUAUUCCAGGCAAACAGGAACGUUUGCUCAUGGAGGUCUCUGUGAUAAUGGCGGGUAACCGCUGGCACCAGUGCAGAUCGAGCGGAACAUUGGGGUCCAUUCAAAGACACCGUGCUGAACGCGACCAUCCGUAUGGCGCUAAAAGAAAAAGAAAACAAGCAAGCAAGCCGCAUCACACCAGAUUUAGCUUUUUGCACCAAAUUGUGGACCCCUGCAACAUGACUUGCAAGGCUCAGUAUUUGACUUUUAGCAGCUAGCUUGCAAACUUGCAAGCUGAUUUUUUUGUUUGUUUGUGGUGGCAGAAAGGAAGUGAGCGUUCAGCCUGUGGAAGGAUGUCGACCUGCAUGAUGUCGCUUCUUAACACUUUUCAGGAAAUGAGCACAAACGCCAAAGUGUUAGCUAAUUGCUAACUAGCAGUGCAAAUCUACCAGGUGAAGCAUAGCAAUCCAGCCCGCUGCUAACAUAAGCUGUGCUUAUGCUCACAUUCAGAUGAGUCAGUGUAUAAAUACAAAAUGUUAGCUUACACUAAAUGAUAACGCUAUCAUUUUAGCAGCUAACAGUGGUGAGCUGUGCCUAAAUGUUGACAUUAGCAGCUUGGACAAGGGUUAGCAUGUUAAGACAUCAAACAUCAGCCCACCGAAAGAGUUUAUCUAGCAAGACUUUGUUUUGAAAUCUCUUUUAGAGUAUCUGCUUUCAGGGUUAGGUCAUGCGUGGCACAGAUGCUGAGUUUUUUUUUUUUUUUUCUACAACGUUGUGCUCCUUUCCUGAAACCCUUGAGAAGUUUUCUUUGGAUGUAAGUAGUAACAUUAGCGUUAGCGUUGUGUUGUAAACGCAGCAAAAAAAACAAAAAACACAGAGCAAUACAACGACGUCAAGGCCAGUGUAGUAGCUCCAAAAAACGCCAAUAAGAUUCCAUCAAUCAAUCCAUAAUAAAUAGUGACAAGACUGUUGUGUUGGACUAAAAGACGUCAUUGAUGAAUAAUAAUAAUAAUAACUUCUAUGUCUUUGUUUGUUUGCUCGCAACUUUACCGAUCAUUCCACAAAUUAUUCUGAAGAAUUUAUGUACAUUUAAUAAGAGAAAAAAGGUCUAUUAUAGAAACUUUUAACACUCCAUUGAUACAGAUGAUAGAACUAUAUAUAAAAGAUUGACAACAUGAUUUAGUGCUAAAUAAAAGAAUUUCAUGUUUGAAAGGAAGUGUGUAACAUCAGUGUUUUUUUUCAUGUCUCUCUCUCUCUCUCUCUCUCUCUCUCACACACACACACACACACUUGCAUUCAUUAUUAAUGAGGGAGAGUCCCUGAGCUGCUACUGCUGCUGCACACUCACUUGGUAUUGAUGGAAAGAUGAUGAUGGUGAAGGAGAGGGACUCAGAUGCUCAAACAUCAAACAGAAAUUACUUUGUGUGUGUAUAUGUGUGUAUAUAUAUGUGUAUAUAUAUAUAUAGCACAAGUGGUCAAAUAUUUAAUUACAAAUAUCGUAACAUGGUGUCACAUAAAGAUGUAACAUUUCCUUUUUACUUACAGAGGAGGAAUGCAUUUUAAUUGAUCAAUUAGUAUAAUGUGUAUAAUAAGAGAAAUAGUUUAGGAUGUAUAGACAUCCUUUAAUCUAUGAACAUAACCUUCAUUUAGCCAUUUUGGGUGUUUUUCGGGUAUUUUUUUACAGGCUUGAAAAAGAUGUAAAUAGAAUAGUGUAAAAAUAUGGUUACUAUUACAUAUUUGUGAUUGACAAUGUCAUGCCAGAAAGUUAUUCAUGGAUUGAGGAACUACAUAUUACAUCGUGGAGAAGGCUACUUUAAAAUCUCAUCUUAGUAUUUUGUCUUCUGAUUCUGUUUAUUUCUUUGCAUGUAUUAUAUAUUCAAACAACAACACGACUAUGUGCGGAGCAAAAGGGCGCAGACUAAUUCCUGGAAAAUCUGGAGAGGGAAGGAAUGAAUAAUUGAAGAAGCAAUUAAGGCCUGCAGGAGAAGAAAGACCAGCUCAUUCAAAAUUCAUGCUGCAAAUCCCGCGAGACUUUGGAUGGCAUUCGCCGCCACGCCCAGACAGUGCACCUUCAGAUAAACCACAUGCGAGCCCCGAGGACGACAAACGCUUCAAAAUAGCUUGAAAUUGAGGUCGUGACUGUUGGCGAUGUCCAAGUGGAUCAAAGAAGCGGGUCAGGUGAAGAUCAAUACCGGGACACCUGUACACUACACACACAGAGUCAAAGCUUCCACCGAAACCAACACUCCGCAGUGUGUGUGUGCGCGCUCACUUGGGGUGCGUGAAGUCAUCCACCAGCGAGACCUUCUCCACCAGGUCCCCAGCGACGGAGCGCACCAGCUCAUAGAAGUCGUUGGCAUCGAAGACACGCUCGUCCGCGGGCAGCCAGAAGGAGAUGUCAUUGUGCAGGGGGGGAUAUUUGCUGAGUGCCUUGGGACAAACAGGAAGUGGAGGACAAAGAUGGUGCAGGUAGACAGGUGGACGUCCCCACGGCCUUCACGACACAUGCGGACAAACCUACCACGUCUGUGGCCAGCACGAAUCAAAUUAGCAGCGGAUUAGCUGUGAGCGCUGGAGGUCAGGAGGCGGCGCUACCCGCAGCUUAAUGACCUGAACCGGAGUUUAGUUCGGGUUAAGGCACUUUGAUGUCUACUCUGUCAUUUAGACCCCGAAGGCCGACAAACAGGAUGUCAGAGCAUGGACUUGAAGCAGGAAGUAAAUGCCAGAGCCGUGAGAGUAAACAAGAGGUAGAUGUGAAACAGGAAGUAGAUCCCAGAGCUUAAAUGUAAUCAGGAAGUGGGUGUUGGUGAAGGAAUUUAAAUAUAGAUGUCAGCGCAGAGUAAACAGGAAGUAGAUGCCAGAGCUGAUAGUGUUAACGGGAAGUAGAUGCCAGAGCUGAGAUUGCAAAGAUUGUCCCAGAUAGAUGAGGCCCUCCGGUCGCAUCCUGCCACCGUGCACUCCAGCUGUGUCACAUCUGUGCACCGUGACAUUCAGGUAGUGGAGGAGGCCGCGCCACAUUUAACCCCUCGCUGUCUCCAUAUGGGGGGGAUAAACGGCGUCCUCUCCAGACUACAAAGUGGAUAAUGGGACAAGAGAACAGCAGCAGCGGCAGAAGGAAAUCCUCCCAAGUCCAAAACACCUCCGCAAACACUCGUGCGCUCGGCGUGCUUCAGGGCCGCCCGCCUCGCCAUCUGUCCGCCGCAAACACGGGCGGUGCUGAAGUGUUCCUCCAGGGGUCCUCACGACAAAGUGCUCGCUUUGAAGAAGUCGUUCUUCCGCCAUGAUGGCAUCAACAGCUAGCCGCUAUUGCUAUUUCAUUAGUGGAGUUGAACUUGUUCCACUUCCUCUUCCUGCUUCUAUGCCCACAGUAACGUAACAAGGAUGACACUCAGGUCAUCAUGUGAACUCCCUCGGAGAGCUUCUCCUACAAGUGCAACACUCCAUGUUUGACCUUCAUUUUCUGUUUCACAGAAACCUUCAUCCUCCUGUCUCCACCCGCCCACCAUGUCCCAGGGGUGACAUGAAACGCUGCCGCUGAGGUAGACGUCUUCAAACACUGCGCUCAUUAAGCCGAGCUGAUGUCUUCAUCGCUGUAAUCGUAUUACUUUGCGACAAGAGGAACAUGUCACACACGGUAAAACGCACACACCGCUGAGUCACACGGGCACAGAUGGACACGCACAGCAUCAGAUGUGGCAUGAGGGUGAGGAUGACGAUGCUGACAGAGGGGGAUGAUGAAGAUAACGGGGGAGGAAGGUCAUGAUGGCGAGGAUGAUGAAGACGACGAUGAUGUCAUGCGGUCCUGACAACAGGUGCGCUGCAACAGUGCAUGAUGGCAUCAUUGAGGAUAGAGAGGCACACGCAACAACACUUCCACUUUCAGAUGCUAUUUUAAACCUUUUAGUCACAAAAAUGCAUUUGUUGCGUAAAUGACCAGUUCAAGCGACGUUUUUAUGCCUUCUCAAAACCUAGCCUUGAUCAAACCGCCCUCAAGUUGUAGAGGACGUGGAUUCUUCUGACACGAUGUAGAAUGUUCGAAUAACAAACUUAUAAACAAAACUUGCCAAUUUAGUUGCGUAAAUGCUGUUGCCCUAGAAACAAGCGGCCGAAAUGACAUUUUUAUGUGUUUUAUUCAAAAAAUGGCUGAGGACGAUGGUGACGACGACAAUGUCACACAAUCCUGACGACAAUGCGAGAUGGCGUCACUGAGCAUUGGAAGGCACACGCAACAAAGCUUCCAUUUAGGGAUGCUAUUUUUAAGCUUGGAGGUCGAAAUGAGGUUUUUAUACCUUUGAUCAAGGCAGUUUUUUGAAUCAAUCAACCCCAAAUGCGUCAUGGUAGAUGUCAUUGAUUCUUCUUAUGACAUCAACUGGAGUGUUCAAAUCGGAACACUACAUCGGCUGAUGAGGAUGGUGACGACUUAUCAUAAAAAUGCUGUUGUCGCGUACAAAUCUGAAACAGAGCGUUCAGAGCCAUCCCAAACUUCUUUCGGGGCUCACUUCCAAAUGCGCAAACCUCAUUAUCUGAAACUUUGGCAUUGUUUAACAUGAGAAUACAAGAAUGUAACUACAUUAAUAGGUCACAAUAGGUCUCCUUUAACAAACAAAACUCAGACUUUAAGAGUGUUUAAAAGUGUGCCAUUUCACUCACUAAAAAGGCAUUGUCGUGUAAAGGAACGGUUAAAAAUUUCAUUCUUCCAAAAACAGCCUUGUGCCAUCAGCACCAAAUGAGAGUCAUAGAAGAUGAUGUGUAACGUUUGAGGAGCAUCAGACCUGCAGUGCCACAUGACAAAUGGCAAGUGUGAGUCUGAGACAACACAGCUGCCAGAAAGAGCCGACGAGCGUGUCAGGAUUUGUCCAGCUUGGAUGAUGUCAUCGGUGGGAUUUGUGGCGUGAUGAAGCUAACUCUGUGUUUUAUCUUUUUCCACAAAACUGAUCCCGGUGCCUGACUGUGCCGCAGCCAGCUCACAGACGUAUGUGAUGAGUUCCAAUGAUCACAUGAAAACCUUCAACAGUCAACUAUUUACUUCCAUGUGCUAGAGCGCCGCACUAUUAAUAGAUGUGUUGGAAUAUUCAUGAAUCGCAACAUCAAGCGGCAUCGUGACCAGAAACGGAGCCACGUUGCUCUGAUUGUAAUCGCGAGGCCUCUCAAAACCAUCCCAAGAAUGUGAGGCAAAUAUGUUGAGCUCGUCAUGGCGGCAGAGAGUCAGCAUCAGACGUCAAGUGUUUUUUGUGUGUCCGUGCGUGCGGAUGCAGCCAAGCUCCACCCCCUAACACCCUAGCCCCACCCCCCACUCUGUUUGUUAUGGACCACAACGGCCUGCUGAGAUGGAUCGCUGCACAAACAAAUGUUUGCUCUGCCCUUCGCAAACCCCCGAGACAGACGGACACGCACACACAUGGUCUUACAUCAGAUUGGUCUGUUGCACACCGUGAGAUAUGUUUUGGAGAGACUACGUUGCUAUUUUUUAGGCUUGUUUCUUUAAAAAGACUGCUGUUGGUGGCGUUUGUGUGUGUGAGUGGGGGUACCAGCUGGCCACCAGUCAUUGCCCCCACUGGGAGAACCGGGGGCGUUAGGGAGGCAGACAGUGUGAGGGAUGAUUGAGGUGGAAUUGGAAGAGGAAUGUCGGGAUGAAAGGGAUACACAGAUGGGGGAGGGAGGGGCUAAGAAAGCCGUCAGUCACAGUGAGGCCAGGGGUCAAGAGAAGGCGGGUCUUUACAAGCCAGAAAACAUAACAGAGGAGAAAGGUGGCCACGCUUCAUUUUCGUCUCUUCUCUCUCCUUCAGUGCCACCUUUGUCAUCUCUCCAUCCUCUGAGUGGGCGGAGCUAUGAGGAUGAACGCGCUGACUCAGCAAGGAGAAGAAAAAAAUGAAAAAUGAAGCAAAGCCCCGUGGGGGUGACGUCAGACGGCGUUUAAUGAGAGAAGGAUCGGGAGUUGAGUAGCCGCUGCUCCAUGACUCCACAGCCCAGCACCUCCAUCCAGUCGCCCUGGAAACGCACUUCCAUCUCAAAGGAAGGAUGAGUGAAGGGGAAGUAACAGUCCACCCACCGCACCUCCACAUCUGAGGAGGAAGAGGUGGAAAUCAAUCCUGAUGAUAUCUUUGAAGGCACCUCCUGCCAGCUGACCUUCUCCAAACAGAACCUAUGCCCUCCGGCGGGUGCGUGAUGCCUUCAGGGCCAACAAGCAAGUAGAUGACCCCAAAACUGUGGAGAGGCUGGUUUUGGAGGGCCGGCAGUCACUGGCACUGAUACAAAGACAGGUGGCCAUCGGGCACAUGUUCAAG